GGCGAUCCUGGACGACGCCGACGGCGCGGAGACGCGCGAGAGUCCGCGAGACGCGAACGACGCCAUCGUCGUCGACGCGAUGAGCGAGGGCGCGACGCCGACGGCGCGCGGUGGCGCCGAUGCGCGCGACGACGAUGGCGACGACGACGAAACUUCCACGCGAAAGUUGUUACCGAACGACGCGGCGACGACGACGAGCGACGCGAAGACGACGACGACGCGCGAGCGCGCGGAGGACGAUCUCGAGCGUGAACUCGACGCGGUCGUGGACGGCGGGCGCGACGACGCGGGAGCGAGCGGAGAUGGAGAUGAGGAAUCGCAGCGCGCGGCGCCCGAGGACGCGUUCGACCGGUACCUUCAACCAAAGUUUUGGAUGACGCUCGGUGACGUGAAGAUAUUCGUGUCGCUGUGGACGAUUUAUGUGUGGGGGGUGAUGUGGACGCUGUUGGUCGUGCUCGGACCGUUUGUUGGCGGCGGGGGUUUCUUCUUUUGGGUGCUCUUUGUGACGAUUUUCUUGUCGUGCUUUUUCGCGUUCGGAUACGGGACGAUGAUCGCGCACGAGCUUAGCCACGUGUACGCGUGCAGACGAUUCGGGGGUAGAGUCGAUGAGGACAAGGGGAUCAUUUUAUGGCCGUUCGGGGCGCUGGCCUUUUUGCAUUUGGACGGGUUGACGCUGUCGCAAGAGCUCGCGGUGACGCUCGCGGGACCGAUUUCUCACGCGCCCAUGCUUGCACUUUGGUGGCUCCUGAGCCUCGUCGCGCUCGAUGAUGUCUCAUUCUUGUGUCGGUACUUGGCGUUUCUGAACUUUGCGCUCUUAGUGUGGCACUUUCUUCCGUGUUACCCCAUGGACGGUAGUCGCGUCUUGGCGUGCGUGUUGCUCCUCACGCGCCGCGUGCGCGUGGAAACCGCGGCGUGGGUCGUCGUCGUCACCAGUUACGCGUGCUCGAUCGCGUACAUCUACCUCAGCCUGACCGGUCAUUUCUCCAUCACCCUCUAUUUCGCCCUCCAAAAUCUCGAUUGGGUGUUCGGCGUCUUUUGCCUCGUCGCCACGUCGCACGUGUUGUUUCUGUUGCGAAACGGCCGCGUGCGCGAUCACCCCACGUUCUCCCGUUACGAGAUCGUGUACGACGCCUACCACGCCUUCGACGACGUCAGUCGUCCCGAGGUGUUUUUGUGA